AUGCCGGCCUGGGACGCUGUUCCGGAACAGACGCUUGUUUACGCCAUCGUUCUGUCUCUCACUGAUCUGUUUGUCUUUCUUUUAAAUUCCUUCUUUUACGCCAUCACCCACCAUCACUUUUCUCUCUCUUCCACUCUCGUUCUCUUUCUUUAUUGUUUUCUCUUUUCUAAUUUUAUAUUUCUAUUUUUCUCUUUCCUUUUAUUCGUCGUCUUUUAUACUUGUCGAUUUUCUUCUCUAUCCUUGUAUUAUUCUCAUCCUGCUCUUUUCUCUAUCACUCUUUCUGUCACUUUUUCUGCUUACUAUAUUCCGUUCUUUCUUUUCUUUUUCUAUUUCUUGUCUUUUCUACUAUAUAUUUAUUCUUCUUUACUUGCAUUUCUCUCAUUAUAUAUUUAUUCCUUUCUCUCAGUUCUUUAUUUUACUUUAAAUAGAUGUCUACUUUUUUUCACUCUUCUUUUUUGCAAUAUCUCUAUUCUCUUCUCUCUCUCUCUCUCUCUCUCUCUCUCUCUCUCUCUCUCUCUCUCCACUUAUAUAAUUUUAUUUCUUGGUUUUCUCUUUCUUUCUUUACAUUUUAAUUUUCCUUUUUCUCUUUGUUUCUAUAUUCAUCUUUUACUAUCUGUUUCCCUCUCACACUCACUAACAGAAUCACUCACUCCCUCACUCACUGAAUCACUACAUUUUACUCUCCGCAUUUCCUCUGCGUCCAUUAUUCUUCUCUAUUUGUCCCCUAUUUUCUAUUUCUUUAUUUUCUCUUUCUUCAUUGAUACUUCUACUCUCUAUUACUUUCUCUCACACACUCACGUACUCACUCUCACUCACUCACUCACUCACUCACUCACUCACUCAAUCACUCACUCACUCACUCACUCACUCACUCACUUUAGUUUUCUUUCCUCAUUUCUUCAUCUCUCCGUGCGUUUCACUUCUUUUUUUUUCCACUCUACUUUAUAUUUCUUGAUUUUCUUCUUUUCUUUUUUUUUUAUUUUUGCUUUUACAUUCAUCUUCCAAUUUUUCUUUUUUCAUUUCCUCUUUGUUAAUUUCUAUUCUCUAUUUUCCUCCCCGUCUCUGUGUUUCCCUCUUCUUCAUUCAUUCUCACGGAAUAUCUCUCCUUUACUUUCUCUACUCCAUUUAUGUUUCUCCUUCUAUUCUCUUAUUCCUCCCGAUGUGUUCAUAUACCUCUACAUCAAUCACUCACUUUCUCAUCCAUUAUUCAUUGUCACGCACGGGUCCACCAAUGUAGAAAUGUCAACGGCGAUUGUGGAGGACAGAACCGGGUCGAAAUGGAUUCAUAAGAAGAACAGCCGCAGUCGAGACUUAAGCUGGAUAGUUUUUCGGGCCGCACCCUAUUUAUAA